AUGCUCAGCACCAAAGCCGUCGGUGAUUUGCUGUCGCACAACCGCGACGAGCGACUCUGCAGACGGUGGUAUCUCAUCACACCAAACGGCACGCUCCUCGCAUACAGCCAACCGACAAACAUCAACGACCUGCGGAAACAAGCUGCCAUUGCCGCAAUCUGCUGGCAGCAGCACGAAUCUCGAGGAUCCGCUGGCCGCUUGACGGGGGAGUACGACGAAGAGAUUGCCGAGGACGCAGAGCAGAACCCUCUCCAUGUCCUGACCAUUGAAUCUGAGGACGCCAACGUGAUCAUGCGGCGAGUCCAGGAACAUCUCCUUUUGGUCUUGGAAGGCGGUGUACCCCCUAGACGAAAUGGCUUUGAACGGAGGAUUACUGCAGAGGGUGUGGACGGCUCCCAACUACGGUCUCAUCAAGGUGACGGUCACACAGACGUGGCAAACCCCGUCAAAGCAGAGCACGAUGGUAGCAGCGUCGCCGCAAACGUGCUCCGACUGCAGCGAACCAAGAUGGAUGCUCUGGCCGCGAUCUUACGGGCAGAUUUCGAGCAAACAGGGUUCAAAAUGCCAGAUGUCGGAGGCGCAACGGUCUUCUAA